AGAGGAGUCUGUAAGUGAAGAGCCACCAAAAAUGCCCAAAAGAAAGCUCCUCAAAGCUACUUCACUGGACAAAAGUAAAGGGAGGAAGGUCAAAAGUAAAGGAACAGGAAACAAGGCGGAAGCUGGUAUCAAGGCAGCAACUACAAAGACUCUGAAAAAAGACUCAACCUCCGUCUUCCACGUGAAUGAAGAAAACAAAGGCAAACGUGUCAAAAGCAAAGUGCUAAAAAAUAGCGACACAGAAAAUGAUUCCAGUUCCAAUACCAAGUCAACCAAAUCGGAGAAAAAGAAGAGUGCGGCAUCCAUGUUUCAGACUGGAGGAGAAGUCCUCAAGGAGAAGAAAACUAAAAAGAAGGUUCCCGCCAAGGCCACGGAAAAUGAAAGCGAGGAAGAGGUAGUCCAUAAGAACUCCAACCGGAAAGGGAAAUCCAAGAAAUCCAAAAAGAAAGAAGAAAGGCCACCUUCUCCAGUCAUUGAAGAGGACAAUCUUGAGGAAUUUGUGCUGCAGCCAGCUCCUCAUGGAAUGACCAUCAAGUGUCGUGUCACUCGAGACAAAAGAGGAAUGGAUCGUGGUCUCUACCCUACCUAUUACCUUCAUGUCGAUAAUGACAAAAAGAUCUUCUUGUUGGCUGGUCGAAAACGGAAAAAGAGCAAGACGUCGAAUUAUCUGAUUUCCACUGAUCCUACUGACUUGAGUCGAGAUGGGGAGAACUUCAUUGGAAAGCUAAGAUCCAAUUUAAUGGGUACUCGAUUCUCGGUGUUUGACAACGGUGUAAAUCCAGACAGAGCAAAUGCUGACUGGUCCAAUGUACGCCAGGAGCUUGCAGCUGUUAUUUAUGAGACAAAUGUAUUAGGUUUCAAAGGACCUCGAAAAAUGACAGUGGUCAUUCCUGGAAUGGAUUCUGAUAAUGAAAGGGUGCCAAUCCGUCCCCGAAAUGAUAAUGAUGGGUUACUCAUGAGAUGGCAAAAUAAGAUAAUGGACAGCUUAAUUGAGCUGCAUAACAAAGCCCCUGUAUGGAACGAUGAAACUCAGUCUUACGUGCUGAACUUCCAUGGAAGAGUUACACAUGCUUCGGUUAAGAACUUCCAGAUUGUGCACAAUGAGGACCCUGAAUACAUCGUCUUGCAGUUUGGCCGAGUAGCGGAUGAUGUUUUUACCAUGGACUACAAUUACCCACUUUGUGCUGUGCAGGCUUUUGCCAUUGCCCUCUCAAGCUUCGAUGGCAAGCUGGCCUGUGAAUAGCAUACCUACAAUGCCAUCAUGCCAAGCUUGAAUGGCAUUUCCUCAGCAAGGGAAUAGACAUGCUCAUGUCUUCAAAUUAGUACUACUGCUCUUCCAGAACAUUCCUGAGCAUUACCUUAUCAUUCUGAAGAAGUUGAUUUGAAAAGGUUGCAAAUUAUCACCUUAACUUAUUAGCAACAAAUAUGUCUGGCCCAAACUUGCUUGGCAGGAUCCAGUUCCACCCUCUUUCUCAGCAUGCCCAGCAAUUAAGGUUAAUCUGUAUGACCAGGUUGUCCUACUAACCAUUUCUAUGAUGACAACUUCUAUCCACCCCCAGCCCACCAGGAAGACCGACUGUACCCACCUUUCCUGUCAUGAACCAAAAAUGAUGUUUUUCCUAAUGCCGUGCUUCAUUUCUGAUUAUAGAAAGAUCUCCCCUCCAAUUUAGCUAUCAUGAGCCUCUCCCUUCCAGUCGCCCCCUUCCCUUCCAGUUGGCACUUUGUUCUGGAAUCAACUCUUGGUUGAUCUGAAAACCCUGAACUCAUGGGAAAAUACUAGAAAGAAAAGGAAAAGCCAGAAUGCCUGACCUCUUCUGAAUGGAUCUAAGUUUAUGAACCUGUUUGCGUCUUGGUUUCACCAGUGGACCAGCGGAGUGGCAAACUUUUUCAGAUUUGCUUUAGGUUUUUUGUGCCUAUCUCUUCCCUAGUUUCCACUCUGCUCACCUGCCUGCUUGUGUUGUAACUGCACCUCAACAAUUUGGUGGGGCGGGGGGAGGGGAACCAAGUCCAAGAGGAAGUGAGCCUUGUUGCUUCA